AUCACUUUCGCCCCUCUAGUUUAUGACUUUAUAGUCUCUGGUAAUUCCGGCGACCUUUGCUUCAAUCCAUUUCCAUGGCCUCCAAAUCUCUCGCUCACAGCCUUCGUAAUUUCUCAACCGUCUCUUCCUUUUGCAACGCUUCAACAAUUUCCCGGACCACGUAUACAACAAUCUCUACAUUUCGCCCAAAAGUACACCGCUCGAUUUCGGUCGCCUCUCGUCCUGUAUCGGUCACCGCCGGCAGUCUCACUUGGGACGACGUUGUCCAUGUUUCUUUACCAGAAAGCUUUCAGGAUGAUCCUGCGGAUUUGACGGGCUAUUUCGAGAAGGUCAAGCUCUGCAAUCGCGGAUCAGAUACGCAAUCCGAAUUUUUUCCGUUUGUCAUCGAUGGUCAAAUUGUAGGCUACAUGCACCACGGUUUCGUUAAACACCUGCAGCAGUAUCCGAAGGUGUUUACCCGAGACGAUUCUGUUAAAUUUGGGGCUUUCUUAACCUUGCAUGAAUCCUUGAAGACACCUGAAGAUAGGACGCGUGCAGUUGGAGAUGUAGUUAAAUGCUUGGGUGAAGAAGUCAUUCCAGGUACACGGAAUGAGCUUUUCCCUGUUACUUCGUCAUUUGGUGCGCUGAGCUUUUUUUCACUCGAACGUGCUGCAGCCCCUUAUUUUGGAAUAAAGGUUUAUGGCGUUCAUAUGAAUGGUUAUGUUGAGAAGGAGGGAAAGAAGUUUUUGUGGGUUGCUAAAAGAAGCCAAACGAAGCCAACUUUUCCUGGAAUGUUGGAUCAUUUAGUAGCUGGAGGGCUGCCACAGGGCAUCCCUUGUGGGGAGAAUCUGAUGAAAGAAUGCCAGGAGGAAGCAGGCAUACCGAGAUCAAUAUCAAAAGAGGCCAUACCAGUUGGUGCCAUUUCAUACACAGACAUCAAAGGUUAUGGUUACAAGAGAGAUGUUCAAUUCUGUUACGAUUUAAAGCUUCCUGAAAGCUUUGUACCGGAGAAUCAAGAUGGAGAGGUUGAAGGAUUCAUGUUGUUGCCUGUGACAAAUGUUGCAAAUGUGAUCCGGAGGACACAGUUCUUCAAGCCUAAUUGUUCUCUUGUUAUUAUCGAUUUCCUGUUUCGACAUGGAGCAAUUUCUGCAAAGAGAGGAUUAAGCCAUACCCGAACGUCCUUAUUACCCUGUGCAGUCUUCAACAUGACAACACCUGAGAGUUCGAUGUCUGGAAGCUCCAAUGCCUCAACUCCGAUUACUUCUUCUGAACUUGAGGCCCAACUGAAUCCUUUCGUGCUGCACCAUUCGAUUAUUCCGACCACCAACCUAGUCUCCACACCACUCACAGGAUCAAACAAUUAUUCUUCAUGGAACAGAGCUAUGAUGCUUGCACUCUCUGGAAAGAACAAGAUGGUUCAUAACCGGUGCAAACGAGAAACCUUCAGAAGAUACAUUAAACCCGAAAGUUCGGGGUACUUGGAGCUACUGCAGAGUUUGAGAGGUGGGACAUGCUUCUGAAUAAAACAAUUUGCCGAUGCAUUUUGAUGAGAGAAAUCAGGAUGAUGCAUGGAAUGUCGACUUUUUCGAGAAUCUCUCUCUCAUCUACAUUGAACACAGUCCUGGCCAAGGGUGUUGCAACUUCAGGCCUCAUCUCUUUCAAGCAUUUUUGAAACCUACUCAGUGACUGAGGAUCGGAUUCGUCCACAACAAGACAAGGAAAGUUUGUGGACCAAUUUUCAUAGUUGGAUUCAAUAUUUGCUACAAUUUGAUCGAUGUCUGAUUUGUUGAAACCACCUUCAUAGUCUUCUGUAUUUAUAUACCUAACAACACAAUUGUCUGUGUUAGCAAUGAUCCAUCAUUAAUGAAUACUUCAAUACUCAUUCACAUGGAGUUGAGAUUUUGUUAGAAGAUUUGAUGAGUUAAAGUUAAUAUUAAUAUAAAUCAAAGAGGAAAUGACAUUGUACAA